AUGUCGGCGCAAAACGUACUAACCCCUUAUAUCAAAUCAUUAUUUCUUCAGCCACCAAACUUGACGCCCGAUGAUUUUGCUACCGUGCUCAGGUACAUUUUUCAAGGUAUCUCUUCGGACAUACAAACCUCUGCAUUUCUAACUGCUCUUCGAAUGAGAGGACUAGACCACGAACCUGAAUUCAUCGCAGCCGCCGUAUCGACGAUUUUGGAGUUUUCUGACAUUGUUCCCACCUCAGAAUUGAGUGAAAGUGGGUAUAUUGAUAUUGUGGGUACUGGGGGAGAUGGCCAGAAUACAUUUAAUGUAUCGACAUCUGCAGCCAUUGUAGCCGCAGGGAUGGGUCUUAAAGUUUGCAAACAUGGCGGAAAAGCUUCGACAUCCACAUCAGGCUCAGGGGAUCUCCUCAAAUCGCUAGGUGUGGACCUUUCGGUGGUCAACAAGAAUACCACACCUCGUAUUGUAAGCCAGUCGGAUUUUUGCUUUCUAUUUGCCCCUGCUUUCCACCCGGGAAUGGCCAAAGUGGCGGGGGUUCGGGCUCAAAUUGGCGUCCCCACGAUUUUCAACAUCUUGGGUCCUCUUUUAAACCCAAUGCCCAUCCGUGCUAGAAUCCUCGGUGUAUUUUCAGAGCAGCUCGGUGAGUCAUAUGCCAAAGCUGCUGCGGAGUUAGCCAAAAGAUCAGACGUACACUCCAAAACCAUGGUGGUAUUUGGAGAAGUAGGACUUGAUGAAAUUUCACCGAUUGGACGGACAAAAUGCUGGUUGAUCGAUGCAGACGGAGAAAUAACCAUAACGUUCAUUUCUCCCCAGGACUUUGGGUUGCCUGAACACAGCUUGAGUCUGGUAAGGAGUGGAACGCCUCAGGAAAAUGCCGAUAUAUUGACCCGUAUCUUGCUGCAAAACGACCCAUUAUAUACCAUCAAGGAAAGAGACAACCACCCCUUGGUUGAUUAUAUUUUGAUGAAUGCUGGUGCACUCGCGGUCGUCGCAGGACUUUGCGAUAGCUGGAAAGAUGGGGUAGCCCAAGCUGCCCAUGCAAUUACGUCCGGUUGUGCUUUAACUGCUUUGGAGCGCUUUAAAUCUGCUCUUGAUGAAGUAAGGCAGCUGGCUUGA